AUGGCGUGUGGCAAGCACGUUUUCCUCGAUCAAGAGCGAAAGUCGGAGGUUCGAAGACGAUCAGAUACCGUCGUAGUUCCGACCGUAAACGAUGCCGACCGGCGAUCCGCCGGCGUUCGCUUCCAUGACCCGGCGGGUAGCCUGCGGGAAACCAGAUGCGCCGAUGUGAGUUUAUUCAACAGCGGGCUCGGCGUUCAUCGCAGCGCCCGGGUCCGGGUCGGUUUUCUCACGCACUUCUUAGAGGGACGGGUGGCAGAAAGCCACACGAGGCGGAGCGAUAACAGGUCUGUGAUGCCCUUAGAUGUCCGGGGCCGCACGCGCGCUACACUGGAGGGAUCGGGGCCUGUAACCAACCCCGUGAACGAGGAAUUCCCGGUAGGCGCGGGUCAACAGCCCGCGUCGAUCACGUCCCUGCCCUUUGUACACACCGCCCGUCGCUACUACCGAUCGAACGGUCCGGUGAGGUCCUCGGAUCUGGCCGACGACGCCGCCGGGCAGCGUGCACGUGGCGCAGCGGCUGCGGUCUCCGCCGCCGUUUCACGCGCGUGUCGUGUUUGCCUCGGCGUUCGAUGCCUGGAGAAGACGACCGAACCCGAUCGUUUAGAGGAAUUCGCUAUCUCCCCGCCGUAUAUUUGGGAGACGACUCGUCGGUUGGGACUCGUAGCAAGCGAGCGGCGUGUACCGCCAAGAGACCGCCGUCACGACUGGUCGGUCGCGGGUAGCACGUUAUUCGUCGGCGAAACAGGGUUGGGGGAAAGCUUGCGCUCGUUUCGCGGCAGCAGUCAAAAGAAAUGGCCGCGCCACCGUCGCAUGGACGGCCUCGCCUACUUGCGUCUGCUGCUGCUGAUGCUGCUCCUCCUCCCUACUCGUCCGACAAAAAAUAUCCUCUGCUCUCUGCGCGAGACGGGCGCCCGUCUCCAGCCGUAUUACGUCCAGCCGUCCCGUUUCACGUACCGCCGCCGCCGCCGUUGCUGCCGCCUCUACGUCCCUGUGCGGGGAGGUCGAGUUCGGAUAGAUGCGCACGCGAUUCGAGGAGCGCUGCCGCUACCGCCGGCCACGAUCGCGAGACGGAUGCCGCCGACCAGCCUCCGUCUCCCGCCGACGUCGACGUGGUCACGUGUACGGUCCUGGCCGCCGUCUAUGUCCCCGACAAAUUUGUGGUGGUUGCCGGGGUGCCAGUCUGCUGUGGACUGCUACCGUCUCGGUCGCGCGCGUAUCAACUCGGCCUCCUUGCUUCUCCUCGCACACAUUUUUUUUUUUAAACCUUCGAGAGGCAUCUCACCGUCCACCGCGUCGUUCUUUCUUCAUGAAAGAAUUGCCCGUUUCUUACGCGGAGGAAACCGGGACGUCGCAGGAGGAGCCUGCUGCUUCAAUUUUCUCCUCCUUCGUCUCCCGCUUGAAGACCGCGGGGUCGCUUCCCUUACGACCGCGAGCAGUCCUAGAUUGCAAAACGUUGACUACGGCCACGCGCAAACAGCAACAGUGGUAGCACCAUCGUUUCGCUCUCGGAGGUCGAAAUACAAACCUUGGGCGUCUCGAAGCCAGUCUGUGCCGCCGCCGCCGUAUUCUGCCGUCACAGUGUGUGGUCGCGUUUUGCUGUCUUACCUCAAACACCGCCGCCCUCGGCUCGGACGAGACGACCCGCUGAACUUAAGCAUAUCGCUAAGCGGAGGAAAAGAAACCAACCGGGAUUCCCUUAGUAACGGCGAUAAAAGGCUUCGGGACAUGUGGCGCAUGGGUCGGAGGCAGCCGCUCGUUUUUGUCUCGCGUAGUUCGGAGUUCCCUCGAUCGGGGCCGCCCGCGGCGGGUGCCAGGCCCAUUCGGUGCGGACGGCGAGCGUCGGCCUUCGAUCCGAGAGUCGGGUUGCUUGGGAACGCAGCCCAAAUUGGGUGGGGUAAACGGGUGGGACCGCUCACCGCGAUCGCGGGGGGACUCAGUCCGGUGCUGCCGAACGUGGCCCAAACUCGAUUUGGUUGUUGCCCGGGUUUUGCUCGGGCGGCAGCGCCCAUCAGGCCGGCGCGGACGUCGUUCCGGUGGUCGCCCUCCGGAUUCUGCUUUUGCGCUCGCGUCGCCGACGGGAGAGACGGGUCGCGGGGAACGAGGAGAGCGCGGCGGUCGCCGCUGUCGCUGCUGCCGCCUCUGUGGCGGCGAUUAGCGUCGCUGCUGCUGCUGUUGCAGCCGUGGCCGCCGUCGCUGCCGUCGUGUCUUCUCCUCUCCAUUCCUCGCGAUCACCCGCACCUUUCCUUCGCUCGGCAUCAUAUGGCGCGGGCGCUUCGGCGCGACGCUCACAUUCCGCACGGCCGGCACCGGACGCACUUCCCCUCCGGUCCGUCGUCGCGACCCGUUCCCGGCGUGCAGGUCGACACGCGGUGCGUCUUCUGUCGGGCCCGCGAGCGUACUGCCCCCGUCUGCUGGGGACGGAGGAAACGUAAACGCGAUCCGUUACACGUGGCGAACCGGUUUCUUCUCGUCGAACGAUCCGCGCGGCGCUUCGCGCGCCCUUGGCGCCCCACCGUCUCGGGUGUGCGCGGUACAGUGUUCGCGGGAGCUUCGAAACCGGCGCGGCCGCGUCGAUUCCCGUGCCGGCGCGUGACGUCGUCUCGUCGCGUCGUCUUCUCCGCGUCCGGACGCCAAAAUCUGGGCGCGCGGGAGGGCACUGCCAGCGCGGUAGGUCGGCGUCUGACUGUGCCGCCCGUCACCUCGGGUCCGCGACGUGCAUCGGCAACCCACCCGACCCGUCUUGAAACACGGACCGAGGAGUCCUGGCCGUUCGCGAGUCGUAGGGGCCCGAAGAACCCCGAAGGCGCAGCGAAAGCGAGAGAGCGCGUGGGAGGGCACCGGUACUGGAAGAGGUGUCGCGGCGAAAGCGGUUCCGGCGGGGAGUUUCUCGCUUCCUUCCGCCUGCCUAGCCGUGCCCUAUUCCGCCGGCGCUUGCCGUUUUCGUCCCGUCGUUCGUUCCAUCCUUUUCCUCUGUCCGUCCCGGGCUCGGGCGCUUGUGGCGGGGGGAAACUCACGGGGGUUCGUUCGCGGGGUGCAGCCUCAACUUUCCUCCCAUCGCCCACCGGUGAGAUCCCGCGGCUUGAACUAGUCACGAUUUUGGUCGUCGAGUUUAGGCACUGCGCGCGGGCGCAUCACCCCCGGGUCGGUAAUUUUUUCUCCGAGUACGACUCGGCCGACUCUGGCGUAGCGAGCGGCCAGGGACCCGAAAGAUGGCGAUCCACGCCCGGUCGGGAUGAAGCCAGAGGAAACUCUGGUGGAAGUCCGAAGCGCCUCUGA